AUGGUCGAAGAAACGGUUCCGGUGGCAAAAACGAAGACGAAGACUGCACGUCCCAAACCGGUGUACAUGUGGACCGUCGCUGAUACACUGAAAUGGCUGCGAAGACACUGCAACGAACGAUGCGCGCAAUAUCAGGAGCUGUUUCAGCGCCAUGAAAUAACGGGCCGAGCACUGCUGCGAAUAACAGACGAGCUGACGCUGCACCGGAUGGGCAUUCACGAUGAAAAAGAUCGAGACGACAUUCUGCGUGAAAUCAUCAAACAACGGCUGAAGACGGACAUCAUGGAGAUACGCGAUAUGGAGCUGAUGAACAAUGUGUACCAGAACUGUUACUAG